AUGCUGUUCAACAACAUCAUCGCCAGCGCGCUCCUCAUUACCGGCAGCCUUGCUGCUCCUGCUCAGGCUACUGCCGUCGAGGAUGCCGAUCACGCCAAAAUGACGCCUCGCGAAUACUGGGCAUUCGCUUUUAAGCUGCGUAAUGAUGAGAUGCAGCAAGCCAAACGCAACGAGGACCCGAAUCUCGUUGCUCGCGAAUACUGGGCCUUUGCUUUCAAGCUACGCUCCGGCGUCUCAGCUAAACGCUCUACUCUCGACUCCCAGUGCGAGAUUGCCACUGAAGGAAUCUACUGCAAAUACUCCGGUGCAGACCUCGAAGCCUACGGUACGGCUAGCCACCUCGAGGAGGGCUGCCUCACCGUUGACACUGGCGUGUCUUGCUUCUACCCUGGUUCUUUCAAGCUCGAUGGUUUAUCGUAG